AUGAUGAUAGAGAACUAAUUUCAAUUAGUUAAAGAAAUAGGUUAAGGAUCAUCAGGUUCAGUUUGGUUAGCAAUUGAUUAAAGCACUCAUUAGAAAUGUGCAGUCAAGAUAGUAACAUUAAUUGUUCUCACAUAAUCUAGGAGAAUUUUUGCGAAGAUUUUCGAAUUGAAGAAAAGGUUUACAAACUCCUUCAUAGGACAGAGUCUAUUGGUAUUAGAUUUAACUAUUAACCUAUCUGCUUUUAUAGGAUUUCCAAGAUUCCUCAGUUCUGGUAUAGACAAUUUUAGAAGAGGUUAUCUAGCUAUAGAAGUUUUAGGACCCUCCUUGAAUAAAAUAUUACAGCAUUCAAAACAACGAAUGUCUACUCAAACAAUUCUCUAACUAGGCAUUUAACUGGUUAGCAUAAUUAGGCAGCUCCAUAAAAUAGGGUUUGUCCACAGAGAUUUGAAGCCAGAUAACAUUUUACUACGAAGCUUUGAUUAUUCAUCUCCAGAAUCAUCGUUAAUAAGUUUAAUUGACUUUAGUGCAUCUGAGAGUUAUCUUAGUGAAAAUGGGAGGCAUGUUUAAAAUGAAAGAUAAUCUACAUUCAAAGGUCCUUCUAGAAAAGAUGAUCUCUUGUCAAUAUUUUAUUUGCUACUCUAUUUAAAAGAUGGUUAGCUUCCAUGGGUUAUAAAAUAAAGAGACGGAAAAAUAAAAAAGAUGUCUUUUGAUUAAGUGACAAAGGCUAAGCAGGAUUUUCAUAGUCUAAUUAAAAUGAAGAGUCAAACUUUUAUCGGCAUCCAACACAAUUAAGCAAUUGUGGGUUAUGGACUGGAGUAAGCUAUCAUCGAAUUGGUUCAAUAGAAUGGCAGAAUUUUCAGAACAAUUUAAGUACUUUGA